AUGUCCGGGGAAAGUGGACAUGACAACGUUCGAAAGCCUUUCCUUGAUGUCUCAACUGAGCAGCAGCCAAACACAGCAGUUCCAUUUGACAGCGACAUGCAGCUAGGAUUGGAUCCUCUGGAUCCUCUCCGUUGUCAUCCCACCCAUCUUAUUCACGGUCAUAGAAACGGGAAAACGUUUUGGAGAGAUGACAAUCGAUCAUGCCCGGGGAGAUCCUCUUCGUCUGAUGAGAUUACGACAUCCGGCAUUACAUCAGACUCUGACGCUCCUCCUACUGACGGGUGCCUUCACUUGGCGCUUGUUUCGCCUAUCCCAGUUGAACUGACUGGUUCGUCAGUCGAUCUCUUGCUGUCGUUACCAUUUGACAAUCGUCGUCAUUUGAAACGAAACGAAUUUGUCACAGUUCAGGUUAUUCACGACAAUGGGUUCUACCGUGACGUAUUGGAUGGUUACUACUAUUGCAAUCCGUUCACCGUGAAGACAAGUAUUCCAUGUGAGUGCAGCUUGGUUGCGUUUGAACAAGAGUUCCACUGGGCUCCUGCACGUGGUCGCGUGAGGUGCUAUGCGAGCGUUUACAACUCUAGAUGGUGCGCCGGUAAUUUGGCGAACACCAUUUCGUUUUAUGCAAUUUCGGAAGAGUUCCCAAGUGAACUGUUGCCCGUUGUCGAACACCAGUUGUUGAGGAAGCCAAAUGUUCGCAAAGAUGGUGCGCAGCUGUGUCACAGUCUCUUCGGCUGUGGUUCUCUUCAUCUGUAUGAUCUCUGGUCGCUUACUGUAUGCAUCAAUCACUAG